UUUUAGUCUUUCAAAACCACCGGCAGCGCGCGCUACAACUUGAAUAUUCUCAGCUCCAAUCCGAAAGCUCCCGAGGCUCCACGCUUGCCGCCUCAUAAACAAACAGUUAGAAAAACUCUCUGCGUUCCGCGUGUGUGAGUGUUAGUGUGUGUGAGUGCUUGCGUUUUGUUGCUGCCCUCAUUGUGCUCUGGUGCAAAUGAAAUUUUCAUUGAGCAGAAAAUCACAACAGCGGAAAAGUGGAAAAGCCUAAAGCGGCAGCGACCACAGCAGAAGAAGAAAACAAAUUAAAGAUAUCCUCAAGUGAAAUUUCCGAGUGUUUAAAAAUUUAAAAUAUCAAAUCCAAUCGAAUUUGAAAAUAGACGAAGCCGUAACCGAUCGCUGGAGCAUUGCCAAAAAGCAAAGGCGAUUAAUUAACGUUCAAUAAACGACGCUUGUGUCCGUAAAUCAAUAGGAAAAUGCAGUGCGGCCUGGAGAUGAAUGACUGCGAGCGAUCCCCCAAUCGCACGAAUUUACGCGUCAACUUCAAUGAGAAGGGUGCGGAGGUGAAGGAGCGCAGGGAGAAAUUCCUCACUGCCAAAUAUGGAUCACAUCAAAUGAGUCUCAUCCGCAAGCGCCUCGCUGUGGAGAUGUGGCUCUACGAUGAGUUGCAGAAGCUCUUCGAUCCACCGAGCGAAGCCAUUGAUGUGGACAUUGACGAGAUAUUGGACAUGGACACAGACGACAUAAGGAGAUCUCAUCUAAUAAGAUUAUUAUCAGUUUGCAAGCGCCCGCAAUCGGACAUAUCCAAGUUCAUCAGCGACCUGCUGGAUCGCGCAAAGACGCUGUAAAUCUGCAGACCCCCAAGAUCAUUCAGCGCAGAACUACACACGUAAAAUAUGCAGAUAAACAAUAAAUAAUUAGGAACCUAAGUUUAGCCUGAAAAUCAAAGAACAUGGAAUUCAGUUAGAAAUCUUUAAUUUUACCCAUUCGCAACUUGUCUCGAUGUUUUUUCAGUGUACCUUAGUUGAUAGACUCGAAGUUGUGUCUAAUUUAAGUCACCGCUAAACAGAUCGUUAGCCCUUACGAACGAUUCAUCGAUUUUGUGAUGAAAACAUAUUUUAUAAUAAUAAAAUGGCCUGAAAGCAAACACGAAUGUGUUAAGAAAAGAAGCAGAGAAGAAAGAGAGAUUGGAGCUCACCGUUACUCUGGUUGUUUAACCCAUGGGUGCUCCUUUUAAUCGAUAAAAGUACCAUUACAUCAUGUAUCUAUUAAAUAUUAAAUACAAACAAAAAAAUAAAAAAAAGAAUUGUGUGUAGUCGAGAUGUCACCAAGACAAAGAUGAAAGCUCAGGUUCACUGCCAAAACGUGGAGCAGGGGAAAGCUCACGUGCUGAGUCGUGUAGCAAGUACAAACAGUAGUUGGGUGCAGAAACACAGUAAAGCCUGGCAA